AUGGAGUUCAGCAUCUCCUCGCUGCCCGUCCAGGAGCCGGGCACCGCCGCCAGCGAGCCCAGGCCGCUGUCCAAAGCCUUGCAGGGCUCGCAGGCCCUCAAGGGCUCCCAGGGCAGCCGGUCGUCCAGCCUGGACGCGCUGGGGCCCGCCCGCAAGGAGGAGGAGGCGUCCUUCUGGAAGGUCAACGCUGAGCGGUCCCGCGGGGAGGGCCCCGAGGCCGAGUUCCAGUCGCUGACCCCCAGCCAGAUCAAGUCCAUGGAGAGAGGGGAGAAGGCCCUGCCCGCCUGUCACCGGCCAGAGCCCACCCUGAAGGACAGGGAGGCCAAGGUGGACAGGCCCGGCGCUGUCCCCCAGGAGCCACGUGAGUGGGCCCCUGCUGUCCAGGGCCCUGGUGAGGCAUGGCCCGAGGCUGCCCUGGCCGAGCCCACCGGGAAGCUGCCGACCUCCGAGGACAGGCAGGAUGACGGGGAGGAUGUCCUGUUUGCAGACCCCGUGCCCGUACAGGUCAGCUCGAGUAACAUCGUCCUGAAGACGGGCUUUGAUUUUCUGGACAAUUGGUAAAAUGUGUUCGGUGGAAAAAUGAAACUAAGAACCCCAAAGUGUUCUCCAAAGUGGUGUGGCAAAGGAGGGUGCAAAGGGCAACGUUUCUUUGUGUAUUUUCCUGGUUUCUCUACAGUCUUUUCUUAAUCAUUUGGAAACCAGUCAGUAUUGCCAGAUUUUUCCUUUUUUUGGUAAAACCAUACAUACGUGCUAUUUUCAAUGAUUUGAUAACAGAAGUUUUACAUUUAGAAUUUUUAAGGACUGUUCAGAAUUUAAUAAAUCUUGUAAAUAAAACUUCUGUUCCCAGUU